AUGGGUUGUCGGAGAGGAGCACAAAUGGAGAAGCCAAUGCAUGGAUCAGCAAUCGUGCCUUACCUUCCACUCGAUGUAAUCGCCGAAAUACUUGCAAAACUUUCUGUCAAAUCCUUGUUGCAAUUUAGAGUUGUGUGCAAGUCAUGGUGCUCCUUAAUCUCAAGUCAUCAAUUUGUCAAAAAGUAUUUGUCACAAGUCACCACCAGUCCUUCAAGACUAAGCAUGAAUCCUUUUGGCUUGGUUAACGACUUGACUUUCUACCAUCUUCAUGAUUCCAUAGUAGUCUGUGAAAGUUCAAUCGAUUUCCGGAUCGAAGAAUCUGAGUACUGUGUCAUGGGUUCUUGUGACGGUUUAGUAUGUGUAAAAGAAUGUCACCAUGGUAUGAUCUUCCUCUGGAAUCCAAGAACAAGAUGCGCCAAAAUAUUACCUUGUACUUCCGAAGUACAUGGGAAAGUGUAUGAACUUGGAUGGAAGUAUGGAUUCGGUCACGACUGCAAUAGUGACGACUACAAGGUGCUAACAUUGAGUCCUGAAGAAAAUACUCUUCAUAAGAUGGAGUACUUUAGUUAUAAAUCCAUGAUGUACACAUUAGGAACAGACUCUUGGAGGAGGAUUCGGGAUUCACCACUUGGUUGUGUGUUUGUCGACAAGUCUGCUACUUUUGUUAGUGGAGCUCUACACUGGAUGGCGGAUCAAGAACCAAGUCUUACUAGGGUAAUUAUUUCUCUUGAUUUAACAAGUGAGACAUACAUAGAAGUGCCACAACCUGAUUAUGAGUAUUCUUCUGAACUUGCUGAAGUGGGGGCUUCAAGAGGAUGCUUAUGCUUGCUUGCUUACGACAAUGAUGAAUAUUAUGAUAUUUGGGUGAUGAAUGAAUAUGGGGUGCGAGAGUCUUGGACCAAAUCGAUCAAAAUCCCAUUUAUGUGGGAAUUUCUUGGCUGCUUAAAACCGCUGACAUGGGCUGGGCUCUUAUUGGCGAUUCAUCAGGACAUGACCGUUAUUGAUGUUGAGAGCGAUUGCUCCCUUGUUGUUACUGCUCUGCAGCGUGAUGUGCAAGAUAGAUCUGAAAUUGGGCGUAUUAUCGAUGAUUAUGAAACUCCUGUUAUUAUUCGGGAUGUUCUCUAUGAGGAUGUUUGUAAUAUUUCUAAUGUUGCACGGGGUUCAGGUGGGAAUGUGGCUUCCUACAAUGCAAACAGAAACUCAGUUAGGUAUCUUUCAACUAAAAAUGAUGAUUAUUUAUAUCGGACCCCUGAAUAUGCCUUUUAUGUAGAGAGCCUAGUCUCACCCAAUGCCUACAGUGGAGACAACGAGAUUAGUCAUCUCAAUAUCAAUAUCGUACAAGAAAAAAGAGUGGUGAUAAAUGCAUGUGGAGCAACAGAAAACGGCUUCACUUCAAUCACUUGGCAGCUCCAGGAUGCAUGA